AUGGUGAAUGUCGUAAUUGCUGGCGGCUUCGGAAACUUUGGUCAAACAGUGACAGAAGUUCUCAAACUCCAGGGAAAACAUCAGGUUUACGUGAUAGGCCGCAAGGCGCCUCAAACUGAUGUUGAUCAAGUUCACUUCAUCGUUGUGGAUUAUGACGAUGCAAAUCAUCUUCAACAUCUUCUAGAGGACAACAAAAUCCACACUGUCAUUUCCUGCUUAAGUCUAACAACCGAUUCCGCCAAGGCAGCUGAGAUGAACUUGAUCAAAGCUGCGAACCAUUCCACCACGACCACACGUUUCAUUACCAGUAACUGGGGAACGCCGAUCACAGACGGAAUCAUUGUAUACAUGCCGUGGGUCAAAUACAAGCUGGCUGCCAUGAAACUGUUGAGGACGACAACUUUGGAGUGGACUUCUUUCACCGUCGGCUACUUCCUCGAUUAUUACGGGAUGCCGCAUGUCAAAACCCACUUACCCCCAUUUUUGGUGGCCGUUGAUGUUGCCAACAAAAUUGCCAGAAUUCCAGGCACAGGAAACGAUGUCAUCACAUUCACCUACACGUAUGACGUAGCCAACGUUGUGGCUACGAUGUUGGAUGCGGACAAGUGGCAGGAGGAGACAAUUGUCGUGGGGGACAAGGCUACUUGGAACGAAUUUCUCCAGCUUGCCGAGAAUGUUCGAGGCUGCAAAUUUGAUGUCGGUUAUGAUUCUGUGGAAAUUCUCGAGGCUUCGCACAUCACAGAACUGCCGUCCCACGUUUCGUCGUACAAUCUUUACCCUCGAACCCUCAUGCAACAUCUGAUGGCCGGACUAGAGCGGGCAAUGGUGGCUGGGAUGCUGGAUCUUCCCGAAGAGCGAGCUUUUACUUCCGGCGUUUCAGACAUUAAGAUGGUUAAGAUCAGAGAUAUGUUGCAGAAAAGCUGGGGAUCAGACAAGUCUUUGAAUUCUUCUGGAGCUUCUGCCCAGAGCGGGAGCGAGGUACUGGGGCUAACGGACUGA